AACAAGAGUCUGUCGGAUCCAACCGAUGCAGCUUUGCAGAUGCAAGGCAUAGGCUGGAUCAUCCGUCAAGCCGUUAAAUUCUCGAACGUCACACUCCAUGUCAAGCAGUUUGUCGAUGAAAAUGGCCUCAUGCAUAUAGACAACGAACAAAUCACGACUGGAAACAUUCGCAACCUUGAGGAACGCAUUAUCGACUACGAGUGGCGUGAAAAAGACGACAGGAUCUUUGGAAAAGUCAACGGCCGCUCACGCUAUGUCAAGCUGGAUGAAAUCGAGACUGACUACCUCAAGCAAGGCUGGGACGAGCAGUUCUUAAUGCUGGGCGAGAGAGAAGUUGUUCAAGUCUUUGUUGACAGUGUAGGCAAGAAACCAAAUUGGUCAGCAGAACAGGUCUGGGGAUUCGAGAUAGUGGACGGCCAGAAGCGACAUACGAGGCGUAUCGUUGUCAANAAGGGCAAGGAGGAACAUCACAUCAGAUUGGUUUACGACUGGGUGGUGGAAAAGGACGAGGAUGCUGAUUUGGCCUAUUGA